GGGGAAGAAGCCAGCAAUUUACGUCGUUGAUUAGCACGGAUCGAUCAGAGCAAGAAGUUGCUGGUUUUAUUCUUAAAAGAUCGAAAAAUUCAGCGUAGCCAAGGUCGAUUGUGUCAUGGUUUCUCGGACUAUGUUUUCAGUCGUGCCUCUACUUUAUAUCAGUGCGGUAUUCCUUGUUAUCGUGCCAGGUAUGCUAUAAUAUCAAUCACCGGUUUACGGUGCUUUACGAUAUAUUUCUAAAGAAGAAUUUUGUAUUACUACUCUUUCUGGGCCAUUUUGUAACGUUCAUCAAAAAUAACAGCUGAGGAGGGCGUUUUGAUAAUCCUAAUGAGGUAUUCUUACAAUUUCUUUACAUUAUUGAGUAAGUUUCCCUUCAAGUGCCUCAUUUAAAAAAAAAACAUAAAAAAAGAAAGAUUUCCCUUAACCCUUUUUCUAAAUAUCAGGUCAGAAGAAACAACAACAAAUGAUUCAAGUCACCUACUUUGUGCUGUAGUUCUCCAGUUUUUCAGUGAUAGACGUAUGGUCGUCAUAAAAUGCUUCAUUUCCUUAUGCCCCAAUGUCCCACAUAUAAGAAUUUCAAGAGUGUGUGAAAAGCAUACUCCUUGUGUGGCGAAAAUAACUAUAUAUCUGAUCUGAAAGAAAUAGUCAAAGCUGUAAAAAGCUUGCCUUCAUCCGAUGGUCCUAUCAAAACCAAGGGAAUGAAAGAAUUGGCUAAAGUUGAAUUUGGUUCUUAAGAGCUUUUAGCCUCUUCACAGACCCUCUAUUUUCUCUUCAAAGUCCGUCGAGCGCGCGUGAUAAAAAAUAAUCCGCGGGGGAUUUAUUGACCGCCAGCGCAAAAGGGGUAUUUUUCUUUCUCGCCUCGCUCUCGAGCACGCCGAUGUUUUCCACAAAAGAACGAAAAGAAAAAUAAAACAAGGUCUGUGUACAAGCUAAAGAGCUUUGAACCGCCUCUUGGAAUCUUUUCGGGAUGUGUUUUUCCAACGAUGAAUUGUUUUCAGGAAUUGUUCUUAGUAGUUCUGCAGUUAUUUCAUCUUAGUUUGAAUUUUUUCGAAUCGUAUUGUUUCAGCAAACUUUGGUGGUCGAGGAGCUGUAAAACUCGUGUCAGUAAAACCGUCAACUCCAAAAGCACAUCAGCUCUAAAAAAUUUACUGUUUUGGGGGUCAAUCAUUCCUAUGUUUACACCUGAAAGUAAACCAUUUUUAGUUUCUUGCUAAAAAGAUAGUUUUGCCGUAUUUCUUCCUUCAUCUUUACUAUUUUUAGAAGCUGUCAAGUCUUAAUAAAUGCGCUAAAUUAAGAAAACAACAUAACGUCUGUUAGAGAAGAGGAGGAAUUGAGGGAGGCAACAAUUAUAUUUCAAAAUAUUUAUUUCAUUAUAAGUUUAUCCUCCGUUGCAGAUUAUUAGAUCUGUUAUACAAAAACAGUCUGUUCCGUGCGCAAAAGGGACGUCUUGAACCGUUCCUAUUUUUAAAAUUAAAAAAUAUGUAUAUCUAUAUAUAUUACUGGCAUGAUUCGAAAGCCCAGCAACGGGGCUUUUCCUAAAACAGAAAAAAGUGUUCUCUUGUGGCCACCAACAAUCUCUGGCGUUCAACUGUAUCAGCGUAUGAGAAUUCGUUUGCCAAGAUUUUCCAUGCAUGGCCAACUUAUUAACUUGCUAUUGGCAAUUACAUUGAUGCGGAAACGACUUUUAAGACUGAAAGUCUUGCAUUUAUCUUCAUGGAAGUAUCUUGAUCUGAGUGCGGUACUCUUCGCAAUUACUAACAAAAUUACAUUUCCUUAACUUGCACCAAAUAAAAUUUGUGACAAUUUAAAUUUAGGUUUAUAUUUUCUAUCAACUACUAAAUUGAAUAAUGAAACGAUGUUGUUUAAAAUAUUCAAUAAAAAAAAUAUUGAGAUCUAGAUUGCCAUGAAUAUGACCAAAUUAAUGUUAUUUGAAUCUGAAUAAAAGCAGACAGUGGGCGACAAAUAUUAGCAAAAAUAUUCUUAAAAAAUAUUUGUGUCGUUUUUUUUUUCAGAAACUGAAACUGGCACCAGACUCAGAAACGAGCGAAGCAUUCUCAGGUGAGCCUAGUUUUUUUCCCAUACAUGCUAUACUUCAUUAUGAUUUAUAUAUAUUGCACUAAUAGUUACAAAUAAUAACGUUUUCAAAUGCGCAUUACAACGUCUCAAAGAAAAACAAACAUGAUCAAACGUUACAAGGUUAACGGCGCAUAAAACGUAAAUUGAUAUUCCAAACCUUUGUAUAAUGUCUAUAGUUGAGUUAAAACCCCCUCCUCCUUCCCACAUUCCUACACGCCCGAGGGUUGGGAAACGGUUAUUUAAAAUCGGACAUAGGGGUUUCAAAGUUACUCAAUUUCCUGGCUUGAAGUCUUUUCAAAAUUUUAACAGCCCCCUUUACUGUUGAAUACACUAUUGCCUAAACAAAAGGCGGGCCAUCGUCCAAAAGACAAUUAUCUGUGCCAAAUCUUUUUUCCAGAACAUUUUUUUCAAAAACAACAACAAAAACAAAGAAACAUGAUUUUGGUUUUAAUUAAUGAUGUUAUAUUUUUCGAUAUUCUGAUAACGGUUUACUAUUAAGGCUACUCUGGAAUAAUCCGGAAUGUAGGUCCAUUUCAAAAUAAGGACAAUUGAACGCAACUUAUCAAUCUUACUGAAUAUUCAUCGCCAUAACAGAAAACACGGAGCGCAAUUCACUUUCUCUGGUUUCCCCUAUUCUAUAUAAAACGAAUUACUUCUCAGUCUAUACGUUUGUCUACUACCAGCUGGGGGAAAGAUGCAUACAAGCCGAAGUGCAUUCCAUAUGGUACAAGCGAUUCUUAUUGCGGUCAUAUAAUUGGUAACCUUUACGUUAACGUGUCAGAAGUUGAGAGAAAGAUCAACGAGCACAAAAUGAAGACUUAUCAGUUAUUAAAGGAAUAUGUUUUGCAAACCCCGGGGAAAUUUAUUGCGGGAAUGAACAUAUCUUUUGUUGCACCGCGCCGAAAAUGCCUUGAACAGAUUGACGAUAUAUACUGUCACCAUUACUUUAAACGCUGCUUCAUUGAUUCCCGGAGACCCCAGAUGCUUUGUAGAGAAGCAUGCGAGGAAUUACUUUUUCAAAUCUGUGAUCGUGAGUUCAAGGAAGCCUCAGAUUUCAACAAGGGGCUUAACUCCCGCAAGAGUUUUUUUGGAUAUUAUUGGGACAUCAUCGACUGCACAAGAUUGCCAUUUCGGAAUGAAUCCAACAAUUGUUAUUAUCCAGACAAGGUCCGAGGUGGGUACUUAGAAAGGGCUGUAUUAACGGUCCAAGCUCAUUAACAACCUUAUCUUGCGUAUGUUUUUUGUUACAAUUUAUUUUAAAAACGUAACUGCAUUUCUAUAGACCGUUUUUAAGGAGAAACAAAACACCGUGAUCACUUUUAUUUGAUUUUGACAUGUCAAUUUGUGCCUGUGCAUGCAGCGAGAACUCUGCUUUUAUCAUUCAAAGGAAAAGGAAAGAAAAGGACUUUUCUAGAGUGAUGUUUUCAGGGGUCGGUGUCACGCUACACAGUCUAUAAGACCCUUCUAUGACUUUCAUCGACGUCUCUUGAGCUGAUCGAAUAAGGAAAACGACAUCUAUAAAAGCAAUACAUAAUCGCUAUUAAUCCUUCAAUUCUUGCAUUUAUCCUCUUAGACGAACUCAACGUCCUCAAGAGUGAAGGUAAGAUUAACCAACUGUCCCAUAAACCUACUAGUCUGAAACAGAUCUUUUCAAUGAUUAUUCAGGCAAUAACUAACGGAUAAAAAUAUACACCAAGCAUUCGACAAGAGAUAAAUAAUGUUAGACAAUAUGCAUGAAACAGGCUCUUUUCAUCUCUCCACCUCUAAACAUCGAUCAGGGGCACCCAACGAGAAUAUAGUUCAAAACCACUUAAACAUUGCAUUGUUAAACGUAUUUUAGUAUUUAAACGGUAGAUAUAGGCAUAUUUUUUUCCCCUAAAAAUUUUUCAUCUGUUCGGAUUUCCUAGCUGAAAGUCUGGUGAUCCGAAAAUAAUAGGGAUCAAAACCUAGUUUUUCGAACAUUUCAGACAGAAAAAACACUCCCGAAAAUUCUAGGUGACAUUUUUAGAGUAAAAAUCCGUUAAAAAUAGGCAAUUAUACCAUUUUUUAGAUGUUCGAAAAUCCUAGGAGAGGCAGGCAAGCAAGAAAUUUUACAACAAAUGUUUCGAAAAUUCUAGAUCUCAAAUCGUCUUUCGAACAGAUAUUCUUCCGAAAAUUGUCGUUGGGUGCUCCUGAUCGAUAUUUGUAACACAGACUGGUUAUUGGGCCUGACAAUGACAAUGAACAACUACAGUAAACUUCAAGUGAGGCGUACCUUCCGCAUUGAUUCUACUAAUGCGUAAAGAGGCUGUCAAGCUACUUUCUCUCGUUUUAGAAAACUUAAAAACUGACGUCUUAGUCUUCGCAUAUACUGAAUUCCAAAAAUAAUGAUUCACUUUUGUUGAUUUAAGGCUAUAUUUAAGCAGUGCAACUGUUUCCUGUCUUUUGUUGCAGCAGAUGGCAAGGACGGGCAUGGACUGAAACUUUAAAAAGUUGGCUCAACUUUUUCAAGUUUUAAUGCCGUCAUGCCUUCAAAAAUCGCCAAAAGAUAUUAUGAUUAGCGCUCCCUAGUGAAUGUUUUUUGGUAUCUUCUUCAAAACUCUUCAGGUCAUUUUAUGUAUGGGUAAACUAAGCCCCUUUUAAAGUGUAUCUCAUGUUUUUCAACUCCUGAUCCCUUCCAUGAGUUGACAGCGACAAGCUCAGCUACAGGCUGAAUUAAGCUGCUCUUAUUCCGCCGUUUAUGGUCAACCUCUCAUCAAGAGCAUGAAAGACAGUGAAUUUUUUUCAAAUUACUUUUCAUUUUUCGCGUGUUUUUCGAUCAAUCAAAUAGUCAAGAUACUCCCUGUGUAGCACACGACAUGGUACUUGUAAAUUUGUAGCCAUGUCCGUAACAGAUGGUAGGGUAUGUACUAGGGGUUCUCCUAAAUCUACUAGUUUGUGAGUCUGUGAGCUCUUUUACCAUUAUUCAGUCUGUACGUGCCGUUUUCUUAUGGUUCUCAUCCAAGUCUCCAGUUAUAUCAGCUAUUGUCUGCUCUAACUAACCCAUAAUUUCAUGUUUUUUCUCGUUGCAGAUUGCUUUUAUGGAAACGGGCGUGGCUAUCGGGGCAACGUAAGCACCACCAAAAAGGGCUACACUUGUCAGGCAUGGGAUUCACAGUGGCCCCACAAACAUACGAUUGAUAGAUCCAUUUACGAGGAGGUCAGAAACAGCAGCAAUUUUUGCCGCAAUCCAGGAGGGUUUGGUUUGAAGGGGACUUGGUGUUACACCACCAAUAUGAGCUUGCAGUGGGACUACUGUGAUGUACCUAAAUGCUCCAGUAAAAGUGAGUGGCUUACUGACUUACUUUAUUGUUUCAACUAAGCCGCUUACCCUGCAAGAGUUACGUACUGAACAAGUUAGCAAGUGUCCCCUGCGAUUGCAUAAUGGUGUCUACAUGUGAACAUAACGACAGAGAGUAUUUCCUAGAUGCUGUCUUUUAAAACAAAAAUAAAAACAUUUAUAACGGACUUAAGUGGCAAAUAAACGGCGCUUAAUGUAUACUUUUGGAAGCACUUCAAAGCCACGAGUUUUGAAAUUUCAGUCUUGCCCCUAAAAGGGCAUUUCGAUUGAGCCUAUUCCGGAAAAGGUCCUACUUUAAGAGAAAUUUUCCCUGUAUGAUCUACAGAGAUGGCUAACAUACAAUAAUCCGAUGUGGUGUAGUAUUUUUUUGUAUGGUGACAAAAUUUCGAAAGAAGUGACUUGUAGCAGUUGUUCUGUGUAUUUUUUUCGGAGCGAAGAGAUGUGAUACGAAGGUCCAAUAUUUUGCUCUCAAAAUUGAUGAGGAGCAAAUUUUUAAAAUUGAAAGGGAAAGCAAUUUAGACAGCUUUUAAAAAAUUUGGGAACCAAGUCACCAUAACAAUGGGCCUUUUCAUGAAAGGUCAGUACGCUCAGGAUCAUAACCAGUACCAUAGAAAUAAUAGCUUUCUUACCUACGUUUAUGCUAGUAAAGGAUUUCGUCCACCCUGCCGCAGAACACAACAAACACACAUCUCGAUUUACCUGAUUAACCCAGGUAGUUUAUAGCAAAUAAUUGAAAGACAAAUUAUUGAGUUCAAAGACUCUGUGAAGUCUAUACCUUGCUUGUUAUCUAUUACAACAACUCCUUUCUACGCAAGUAAUCCCCACUUACAAUUUAUCACAGUUUAGUAAAAUCCAACUAGUGGCCGUAGAUGGUCCAUUAUCAAUUUUGCGUUCUGAUUGGUUGAGCUACUACUAGGCUAUAUGUUACAGCCCACUAGUAGCGAAAAGCGCCGGAUUUUUUUCGGCAAAAAAGGAUUAAAGUCUUGCUUUAAGUUGUUUUGUCUCAAUAUUUUUGACCGACUAGUUGGAUUUUACUAAUUAAAAACAAUUAUUCCUCUCGCCCGAAUGGGCUUUGAGUCAAUAGUCCAUUCGGCCUUCGGACUCAUGGGCCAUUGACUCAGAGCCCAUUCGGGCUCGAGGAAUAAUUGUUAAAAACCAUGCACUUUUCUUUCCUUUUUGCCUUUUUCAUUUAGCCCCAUCAAGCCCACCGGCCGAUUUCAGGGGUCAUAAUCUGAGCUCAACAAGAAUUAAAGUCUUUUGGGGAGAUGUUCCAAAACAUUCUAUACAUGGAAUACUUAUCGGAUUCCAUGUGGCCUGUGAAAAGCUCGACUUCACUGACGAGCAUUUUGUCGACACCAAGUCUGAACAUCAUAACUGCGAGUUUACAGGAAUGGAAAAAUAUACCAAUUAUAGCUGUCGGCUGAGAGCCUACAACAAUUUUGGAAAUGGUACAUGGAGUAAGCAGCUUGUGAUUUCAACUGAUGAAGAUGGUAUGUUGAAGAUUCGCUUGGUUUGUUUGCUUUUGGAAAAAAAAUAAUCCAUAUUAAGUCCAUACAAAGAAAACAAUCGACAGAAAUAGCUCGGUCAGUGGCCUGAGAAAACAGCCGACAUUUCGGGACGCUAUCACUUGUUUCCCCACCAAAUGACGUCUGAGACACGAGUGUAGAAAUUCCUUACUGAUGACGUGUCACUAAUCAGAUCCGGGUAGCGCUUCUGAUUGCAAAUGUUUAGCCAACCAGAAGCACUACCCAGUGAUUUGGGUAGUGACGAGUCAUCAGAAUAGCAUUUCUGCGCUCGUUUCUCAGACUUCAUUUCGCAGAAAACCAGAGGUGGUGUCGCGAAAUGUCGGUUGUUUUCUCAGGUUACUUAGUCUGAGUUGAGCACUGGUCCGUAGAACAUGCGCAGGAGCUCGCGGUUUCGACAAUCCGGUCAGGACUAAGAGUUUGAGACUAACUGACGCUGGUCCGAUGCUAAGGUAAACGAGAAGAGUCACGUGUCUCUCGCUUAAGACGAAUGAAUUUGCUCAUCUAAGGUAAAUUCACGAGAGCAGUUGAGAGUAAGAGACGGUACACAAAUAGAACUAAUUGAAUAUCAAGAAGUCUAAAAAUGCCAAGGUUUUCUUGAGAUUGGCUUGGUAUGAGUAUAGGAAUGGGACUCAUCUAUAACUCACCACUUGUUACUCUAUCGAAACAAGAAAUGAAGCAAGUUUUAUAUUGUUCUUAUAUCAAUUGGAAGCCAAAAUGUGGCAAAAAAUCUGGGGAUUGAUACGAUACUCUAAAAUGUUGUCCUCCAUCAUUCCAAAAGUUACUGUUGCGAGUGGAAUUAUAGGAAUGAUCGCUUCUGUGUUAGAGGGAACAUGUCAGUAAGUUGAUUUUGAGAUUGCAUUCCAAAAUAGCAAGCGCAAAACGUCUCUCCUAGACUGCUUACAGAUUUUAUUAUCGUUAAGUGUAUAGACUAAAUUCCCUCAAAGGUUUUUUCACGAACUUUUCAAACCCUUUCUCCUCCAGAAAUCAGUUUUUUUUAUUCAGUGGCCGGUCACAAUUGACAUGAGUUCAAGACAAUAUCAACGAGAUUUCCUCACUUUUUGGGUGCAAACCGUAUAAAUGAAACAGGGGCACCCAACGAGGAUAUAGUUCAAAACUACUUAACAUAGCAUUGUUGAACGUAUUUUAGUAUUUAAACGGUAGAUAUAGGCAUAUUUUUAUCCCUAAAAACUUUUCAUCUGUUCGGAUUUCCUAGCUGAAAGUCUAGUGAUCCGAAAAUUAUAGGGAUCAAAACUUAUCUUUUCGAAAAUUUCAGCCAGGAAAAGGCUCCCGAAAAUUCUAGGUGGCCUUUUUUAGGGUAAAUAUCCGUUUAAAAUGGGUAAUUAUACCAUUUUGUAGAUGUUCGAAAAUCCUAGGAGAGGCAGGCAAGCAAGAAAUUUUACGACAAAUGUUCCGAAAAUUCUAGUUCUCAAAUCGUCUUCCGAACAGAUAUUUUCCCGAAAAUUGCCGUUGGGUGCCCCUGAUGAAAUAAUUAAACAAAUACCAGUUUACAGCUCAAUCAUCAGAACAGGUUAGUUUAAAAUCCAAGAUGGGGGACAAUAUAGCGACUAUUCUAUCUAGUUCCAGACCGCCCUCCUGAAGAAAUAUUAGCAAAAAGCCUUGGAAAGGAUGCGGUGCAGCUUGAGUGGAAUCCAGUUCUCCCAAAAUAUGCGAAUGGAGAGGUUCUUGGGUAUAAAAUAAUUUACGGUGUCGUUAACAGCAUAUUGCGAGCUAACAGCAUCGUACCUGCACCAGGACAUCGUCUCAAGAUCGGUGGAUUGAAACCCAACACGAACUACAGCUUCCAGAUUCUUGCAUUUACCUCAAAAGGCAGCGGUGCGACCAGUACAAGCUUCUUCGCUAAAACGUCUCCAGGUACACUGGAAAUCAUUGUUACAAACAAGUAAAUAGAAAAGGAGGGAAAGAGAGAAUUAAAAAAUAAACUAGAAAUAUUAAAGUAAAGAACUAAAUGAAAAAAAAAAUGAAUGAAUAAAUAAAAAUCGCCAAUGAUUGACUGGUAGCACAUGUCUGUCGCCAUGCAAGUCGACGGGCAUGUUAUGUCAGUUCCUAAUUAUCACAGCCAAAUUGAAAUCUAAGUCGUUGUGUUAUCUUUUUUUCGUAACAACUGAAAACCGAGCAAACCAUGAGUCCUAAUUUACAUCCACUGAAAGUUCUGUAAAAAAUUAGCUAGAUUUCUCCAUCACAGGUUUGCUAAUAAUACCAUGAAGCAAGGGCAUGAGUGUCCCAUGACAUGAAGGAUCUCAGUGUUUUAACACUGAGAAAACACUCAAAAGUGUUCAACUCCUUAUCAUGUCGAACACGAGUAGUUUCCGCAGCUAUUUUGUUUACUCUCAAAGGUAUUUUUGAAACUUUGAGUUUUUUCACACUGAUGAUUUUUGAAAACUGAAGGACAACUCCUCUAAAGUACUUUUCAAAAAAUGUUUUGAUAAUACAACGAUUCAUCUGAUAUCAACUUAAUCAGACUUGUAACAAUCCAACCGCUGGGGAAUAUGACCUUUUUGUUAUUUUUUAUCUGAUGCUUUUUUUUUUUUUUUUUUUUUUCAGAACCGAAGCAAAACCGGAGCAACGAUCUAGGUACAUGCUACCCAGUUUAUAUUUUGAUCUUUGGUCAGGUCAAAGUUAUCCUUGUAAGCACGUUCAUGUUUUUUUUUACUUGUCUUUAUAUUUGAUAGGAAAAGGAGCCAUAGUUGCAGCUAGUGUUGUGCCUGGUAUCGUUGUCUUCAGCACCAUUUUCCUCGCAGUAUACUUUGCAAGAAAGAGGCGAUUGAUGGCCCUGAACAAUGGAAAUAGUAAGUUGAUCUUACAAAAAUUAGAACGAAGCACUAUUUUUGUUUGUUUUAGUCAGAAUAAAAUAUUUUUAGUCAGUUAUAGCUAAAGACACACAAAAAGUGUAACCUUUUAGGCCCGGCCAGUCCUUAAAGGAGGGUUUUCUACCAUCGUUUUAUUGACGUAAAUAAGAUGGCGGAAUGGUAAUUUGUCUUUUGAAAAUUCCACGUCAUAUUUACCAUAGAAACAGGAUAUUAUAAGCAAGAGAGUCUCUUGCUGUUAGCCACAUGGUACUUCAAUUUUUUUGUAGCUUAGCUCUGACAUGUCUUUUAUUGAGGUCAAUGGUAGAGCCUCUAGUCUUCAGUAACCAGACAGUCACCGAAUGGGUCAGAUUCCUGUUACAUGAAAUAGUCUUUUUCCAGUCGCCUGUGUCACUCUUAUUUUCAACAGUUAACCGGAAUUUAACCGAAGGAGUCGUACCGUACGCUACAUCACCACUGGACUGGAUUGAUAGAAUCAUUGCUAACAGACACGGAUACGAAGUACUUGAUGAUGAAAAUGUUCCCAUCACACCACGUCACCAUCGCUACAUCAACAUUGCUCCUGAUGGUUCCCUAAACAUUCCACCGUACCUGAGGGACAUUGUUAUUGAAUUUGAACAGACGUAUGAAAAUACGCGCUACAACAGGCUGCAAAGGUUUGUGUAAUAUUAAAUAAAGCAUCUGUUUGUGGCAAGAUGUCUCAGGCUACGUUCGCAAUAAACCGGAUAGCCAUUAGUCUGCUACACAGCCGUUUUUAGCGUCGUCACGCAACGGUCCUCCCCACUAAUGGGGAGAAGCGUUGCGUGACGGCACUAAAAACCGCUGUGUAGCAGACUAGAAAGUACUAGAAAGCUAUUCGCGGCACCACGAAAUCGAAGGUGGAGCGUCAGCUUCUCGGAUAGGUUUUUUGCCAUACUAUUGAACUCUUGAUUCGGCCAGUCGCAGGACAAAAUAACGGGUGAGAACUGGAACCCAUUGAGACGAAAGUAAAUAUUUAGGAGUAAGGACCAGAAUUUAGCGCACCAAAGCCUCCGGGUCAACCGUGCAUACCGAUGUUCGAUCUUUGUGAACGACUUGUGGCGACCCGGGCCGUUGUUGUUCAUACUACUACCGAAUAGCUUUUGGUGGCGCGAAACUCGAAACUCGCGUACUCGAUACAGUGUGAAUAUAGCCUGAGAAUGAAAACAAUGCAGGAAUAAUGACAAUGAAAUGGUCUGGUUUUUUUUCUUCGACUAGAACAUUCUGGUUCGAGAUGGGUCAAAAGGGACCACUGUUGGAAGUGGAACGAAGCCUUCCAUUUAUAUUUCGACCAAAAUUUUUAAGAAUUUUGUCAAAAUGGGAACCAUCUUUUGUUUCCUUAGUUGUAAAAGAAGGCAAAACUAAUGCCAGAACUAAUCCCUAUCAAAAAACCAAAUUGCCAAAACCUGUCUGGUAGGAAUAAUCUGGAAGUAUUUAUCAAUCAGUUGUAAUGUUACCAUGGAAGUAUGUUUAUUGUUUCAGAAGGAGAAGAACCUGUGGGAAAACCACAGGGAUAGAUGGGCAACACCCCAAAUACGAUAAGUUGGACAGAGGGCUAUCUUACUACAAUGCUCUGCACCACCAGAAUAUCUGCAGUCUCGAAGUCCCACAAGAAAUAACCAUCACAGAAACCUUGAGAGAACACAACCACCACUCUGUAGAUUUCAGUGAGCUACGAGAAUUUAUGCGGGCUUCAGAAAGUGAUGUUUGCAGUGAGGAGACGAUCGAGAUAGGCGUUAAAGAACAGACAACAAGUUUUCAUCGCCGUCGCUUUUCUGUUGACCUGGGUGAAGUGAGAGAGUUUAUUGCCUUCAGAGAAAUGCGGAUGGCUUUGGAAAAUGAGUACACAGCGUGA